AUGAACAAAGUGGAUGCACCAUGUCGACCCGUCGCCUCUCUGAAAUUCACUAUUGACAACAUCCUCAACCUCAAGACAAGCGGGAGGAACUGUGACAGUUGUCACCCCGCCGGACUGCAGGAUGAUUCGGCCACGGAGACGCGUAAAGACGGUUUCCAGAGUCACCACGAGGAGCACGGAGCCGAGCAGAGGCAGGACCCGGGCAGCAGGCUCCAUGAAAGUGAGUUUCAGGUCAAUGUAGCAUGCAGCACAGUUCGAGACUUAACCACGGAUGGUUCAACGAAGUGUAAAUUUGUUGCAGAGUUGACCACAGACUGCAGCGCAGCAACGGAAUCGGUCAUCAUCAGCCGCGGAGACUCGAGGAAGGCGACGGAGGUGCGCUUCGAGAGCGGGGACAGCAGCUGCGACGACAGUAGCUCCACCACCACGGCCACGGACGCCCACAAAGGAGGCAGCCCGGCUAAGAAGAGCAAAAUGAUAACGAAAAAGAAAACGCGCACUAUUUUUUCCAAGAGACAGAUUUUCCAGUUGGAGUCUACCUUCGACAUGAAACGCUAUCUGAGCAGCGCAGAGCGCGCCUGCCUCGCCAGUUCUCUCCAGCUGACGGAGACCCAGGUGAAAAUAUGGUUUCAGAACCGCAGGAAUAAAUUGAAACGGCAAAUCUCGACCGAAAUCGACGGACCCGUUAGCGAUUUCCCCGAGACUGGAAAGCCCGUGGUGGUGGGGCAGCUCCCGGCCUUGUACAAAGAGAGCAACCUGCUGGGGAGAUGCCUGCUGCCCAUGCCUCUGCCCGUGGUGUACCCGGGGAGUAGCACGCCUUAUCUCUGCUUCUCAAACGCCAGCAAGUACUUCAGCCUGUACGACGGGGACGUAUGA